AUGACAAAUGUUUCACUUCCAGCCUUAGAAAUGUGCAAUGUAGAGCAAAUAGCAGAUUGUGGUGAUAUAUUGACUUUAGGAAGAGCACUCUUCAUACCAGAAAAGGAAGAUACAUCUUGGUUAUCAAAAUGUACAGUAUCAUUAUCUUCUUGCGGUAAUUUCUUAGCAGUUGCAUACAAAAAGCGUCUUUGCUUUCUUACUGCACAGUGGAUCUCUUCUAUUGAUAGUAAUACUUAUUUAAUAUCAUGGAGUGGUACACUUCCAACAGAGGCAACAUAUGUCCUAGCAUUAUCUAUAUGUCCUACUCAACAAUCUUCUCAGAAUGGCCCAGAUUGGUUUUGCAUUGUUGUUGGUUUUAUAAAUGGAAGCAUUGGAUUUUACACAAAUACAGGUCAUCUUUUGUUACUUGAAAAAUUAGAAGAAAAGCCUGUUUUAAAAAUAUCAUGCCAUACAGGUACAUAUGGAACAUUGCCUGAUGAUAUUCACAUAUUAUUUCAAAAUGGCAUAUGUGUACUUUCUGGAUCUAGUUUAUUUCAAACUCUUAGAAAUGCCAAAGCGCAACUAGCUAAAGUACAGGCAGGCAUCCAACAUGAAUAUGCAAUAGACAGUAGAAGCAUUCAAAUAAGAAAAUGGAUUUUUUUAGAUCAAGAGCAAAUAAAUGAUGCUGCUGUUGUGGGUUUAGAUUUAAAAAACUCUUUUGAUCAUUUCCUUGCUGCAUCAACUUAUGGAGGAUAUGAUACAUGGUAUAGAUCUAUUCCUCCAGUAAAUACUUUAAUUCUUACAUCAGGGAUAGCACCUUUCAUGGGAUUUCAUUAUGCUUUAGAAGGUGGCACAACACCACCAUUGCAAGAUGUGGCUAGAGCAGUAGCAAAUAAAAUUAAAUCAGCACUCCCUGGUUGGUUGGGAGGAUCCACUGAAAAUGCUGCAUUAAACACGGAGCCCUUAAUAAGAGCUGAACAAUUAUCUAUGCGCAAUGGAAUAUUCGAUGUGCAAAGACAUGGCACUACUGUUGCGAUAUCACCAGAUCGUCGGCUUGCUGCUUUUACAGAUAAUUUAGGAAGAGUAGCAGUUCUAGAUAUUACUAAAGGCUAUAUCAUACGAUUGCUUAAGGGCUGCAGAGAUGCACAGUGUGCCUUUGUUCAAAUUUUUGAUGCUGAAAAUAAAAAACCUCAACUUUCCGUAAUUAAGGAAAUCAGAAGGGCAAUAUUUCUUAUCAUUUAUAAUCCUAAAAAGGGCUUAAUCGAUAUAAGAUUGAUGCAAAGAGGUAGUCGUGUUGCAGUUUUUACUGCAACAAGAAAUGGAAAACUUUUAUACAACACUUGUGGGCUUGUUGGUGCAGAAAGAAGUUAUACCCAUAAGAAGUUAAAUUUACCAGAGUUUCAAUGUGUACUUAUUGACCCGGAUGGCAAAUUAAAAAAGUUUAACAUUCCAUUUUAUUAUUCUUUGGGAGGUGAGCAUCUCGAUAGAUCUAAAGAUCUGCAUGUGUUGAGAAGCAUUCGUGAUAUCAUAAAAAAGACAUCUAAUUUUUCGGAAGAUGUUAAAGUCGAAAUUUUUCAAAGUGCAGAAAAAUUAAAAACACUAGAAAUUAAAAAACAUUGUUUGGAAUUAUUAAUUAAAUCCUGCGAAAAAUCUACCGAAAUAUUAAUUGCGUGUUUAGAAUUGUUUUGGGACAGUUUGACUGGCGAAGACUUAAACGCACACAGUGAGAAAAUUAAAAACUAUUUUGGAAACUUAGCGCUAAUUACUCUCUUUUAUCGACGUAUGUGUAACGAAAAUGUUGACGAUAUGCAAAGUUUGGUCGCAAAGGUGUAUGAAACAUUUCAAUUACAAGAAAAAAUGAUAGAUGAUGAUUCAGACCACGAUUUCCAACUUUUGGAAGAUGAUAAUUGUAUAUUAGAACGAUUAUUAAUUUUGGCUCAAGAAAGCAACUUUAGAGAACAACAACAUACAAAAGUUACAUUCGCGGAUAAUCGAAUUAACAAUUACAGAGAUUUUGUUUCGUGCUUUGUGUUAGACGAAAGAAAAGAAUAUAUCACUUUGAAACCAGAUAUACCGACAGAAAAAAUGCUCAAUUUAUCUUCUGACAUUUUCAAGUCAAUAUUAAAAUUGAAUGAUUUUGCUCUGUUGAGUAAAGAUGUCGAAGUCAGUAAAAUUGAACCCAAAGAAAUCGUAAAACUUGUUAUAAUAUAUUUAACGAAUAUGCCUCUAAAUCAAAUAAAUAUCGAUUUGAUAGAGAAAAUAAUUGCAAUACUUUAUUACGUCAUUAGAGUGUCCGAAAAUGCAACUAAAAUUAUAUACAAUGAAUUGUCGCCAUGGUGGGAAUAUAUACGUACCAUGUUGGUAGAUUUACCCUGUCCUCUAAGAACAAUGAUAGUAGCCAUGGCUUGUAAGGCAGUUGCAAAUAUUUUUGAAAGUGGUGUUUCUGAAAAAGAAGGUGCCUGGGAAUCUGUCACUAAGGAGAACGCGAAAUGGGGUAUUUUGAUUGGCAAGUUAGAAGACAUAUCUAUAUUGAGUAUAAUUUUAAUGUUUAAAGCCAAUUUUAUUGGGGAAUCAAUGCCAAAAUUGCAAUUUGAGGAUAUAAAUGUUAAUUUAAAAUACAUAUACACUAGAGGGAAAGGUUCAGUAACAGAGCUAAUUGCAAAAUGGCUCUGUGGAAUGGGAAUUCCUCCAGAAGCUAUAGUAGCAAAUGAAUUAAUGGAAACUUUUGAUGCUAUAAACAUACAAUCAUCUUCAGUAGAAGAUGAUGAUAAGCCCGAGUUUUUCCUUAUGGAAAAUAAUCGCUAUCACGUUGAUACUAAUCCACAAAUAUUUAAGUGGUUAUCUCUUCUUAGAAGACAAUUUCCAUUAAGUACUAAAGCAAAUUAUAUAAUAGCAAAUAUGUGCUGGGAAUAUGCCAUGGACUGGCAGAAAUUUAUGAACAAAAAUGAUAAACUAGCUGCUGUUAUACAUUGCUUGCAAAAUAUUACAGACUCCCAUUUGCAAUUGGGAUUAUUUUCUAUUAUUUGGUCUACUUAUAUAAAACACGUAUUUGAGUCUAGUUGUCGGUUAGUUAAUAAAGUUGGCAAGUUGCCUAAGGAUCACUUAUGCUUGCAAGAUAUUGGACUUAAUAGUGAAAGCCUAUUAAACUUUCUGAAGAUUUCAAAUGAAUAUUUAGACAAAUUUUAUUCUUGUGCAACAACGCCUUUUGAACAUGAAAAGCAACAUAUACAAUUUGAAAAAAUAUGGGAUGAGAGCAUGCCUUCUUUAGUAGAAGUUGCUCAAGAUACAAAAAAUGUCAAUCAUGAUAUUUUAAAUUUGAACUAUCAAAUUUCAUGUACUAUUUAUUAUCAGUGUCAUUUUAAGUUGAAAUUUUCAAAACCACUUGACACUCUUUACGAUAUCGACUAUCAAUACAUAUUAGAAGCUUUAACCGGCGAUGUUGCUCAGCGAGAUAUCAGCAUGAAAAGUUCUGAAAAGCUAAUGGGUCCAAGAAUGAAAUAUUUGACUAAACUCAUACGCACUGCCAUUGAGACCAUAACAUUUGUAGACAAUGAUCAAAGAAAUAAAUCAUACAACAACGAAGAGUGUCUACAUUGGAUUGAAAAUAUUUGCAAUCUUGCGGAAUUAUGGGGCAUUGAUAACAACUUCGUCAGAAGGCAACAUGUAGUUGGUUUGUAUCACAUGGGUUACGACGAAUUGGCUGAGAGUAUACUGGGUGUGAUCACGGAGCCGGAGCUAGUGUUGUCGCCGAUAAUAGCAAUAACUAUACAGAGGCUAAAACGAAGUCUGGAGAAUUCGCCAAAUCAAUCAGAAUGGAUUGUAUCUAUGCCACCACAACUUUAUAAGAGACUGCAGAACACGACUUUGGACACGUCGAUUCCAGCGCAUCCAUCACUACAAACCACAGUACUGGUGCUACAAAAAUUAAUUUCUCAAAUAGUAAAAAAAUCUUCUGAUAUGGAAGAUCUCCUCCAAAAUAUUAAAUUAGCUCGGCUUAUUAUUGAGAGCUGUGAACUAUUAAUAAGACUAAUAAGUUACACUUCAUCAUAUUUAACCUUCAUA